AUGGCAGUUGAAAGCUCCCCCAGUCGGUUCAUGACCAACGUGUUGAGUGCGCUGAAGCGCAUUCGUGGCGUCGAUCUCGACGAUGCGAGGCAAUCCUACCGAGAUGGACCCGGUCUUGAUUCUUCCUUCACCAACCUCGGCCAGUUCUUCCAUUUCGUGGACAAGGAACUGCGAAGCAGAGACCAUGUGGCCGAAGCAGAAGCCAUCGCCCACGUCGCCGAGCUGUGCGCAACGGACCCCGAGCUGGGAGGGCUCGGCAUCGUCGCAGAUGCCGUAGGAUGGGGCCCGGAUUCCGCCUCGCCAGCGUCGAGCACCGGAUCCAUCCACACGGACGGUCCCGUGCUUCGCGAGGUCGAGUUCCUGGUCGACGCCUGGCUGUCUGCCGUCAGCUCGCGAGAAGCCGCGUCGCGGCAAGCGAGACCGGCGCUGCGGAGACGGCUCGGAGGAACCCCGAGCGACGCGCACCCGAUGACCCUGACGGAGAAGAUCCUGGCGUACCACGCCUUCUCGCUGCCGUCCGCCAAGGGGGUGAAGCCGGGAGACGUCGUGAGGGUGUCGCUGGACUGGGUCAUCGCCAGCGAGGUGGCCUGGCUGGGCAUGCUGCACAGCAUGAGGAGCAUCGGGCAGCAGAUGCAGGCCUGGAGAAACGACCGGUUCUGGCUGACUGGCGAUCACGCCGUCGACCCCCGCAACUACCACCUGGAGAAGAGCCAGAUGCUGAGAAGGGAGAUGGAGACGGCGAAGCGGGGUUUGAAGAUGACGGAGAACCAGGGAUCCAACUAUACCAUCCUCCACACCGAGUUUGUAAGAGAGAGGGCCGAACCCGGCAUGCUCGUCAUCGGGGCCGACUCUCACACCUGUUCCGGUGGCGCCGUCAGCUCCCUGUCCAUCGGGCUGGGAGCGGGCGACAACAUGAUCGGCCUCGCCACGGGCCAGACCUGGUUCAAGGUGCCCGAGUCCAUCCGCGUCAACUUCACCGGGAAGCCGGCCUGGCACAUCAAGGGCAAGGACGUCAUCCUCUCCAUCCUGAGGGCGCUCCGCCGAAACACCUUUGCCGCCGACCGCGUCGUCGAGUUCGGCGGCCCGGGUGCCGAGUACCUGUCCUGCGAUGCGCGCUUUGCCAUCUGCAACAUGUGCACGGAGCUCGGCGCCAUCACGGGCAUCUUCGUCCCGGACAAGGUGACGCGCGCGUUCCUCGACGGCCGCAAGUCCAAGGUCUACAAGUCGAACUCGGUGUACUUCGCCCCCGACGAGGACGCCGAGUACGCCGCCGCGUUCGACAUCGACCUGGGCCGUGUCGAGCCCAGCAUCGCCAUCUACCCCUCGCCGGACGACGUCUACCCCGUCACGGAGCGCCUGGGCAUGAGGUUUGACGGCUGCUUCAUCGGCGCGUGCACGACGACCGAGGAGGAUCUUGUUCUCGCUGCCCUCGUCCUCGAAGUCGGCAUGAAGCGAGGCUUGGCGAUAGUGCCCGGCAAGCGCCUGGUGGUUCCGGGCAGUCGGCCGAUCGCCAGGAAUCUGCGGAUGCUCGGCCUCAUGGAUAUCUAUGAGUCCGCUGGGUUCGAGCAACCUGCACCCGGCUGCAGCAUGUGUCUCGGAAUGGGAGUUGAUAUCGCCGAGGAAGGGUCCAACUGGCUCUCUUCGCAGAACAGAAACUUCAAGAACCGAAUGGGCAAGGGCUCGGUCGGCCAUAUCUGCUCGGCUGCUACUGUUGCCGCCGCCUCCUUCAGCAUGACUCUGUCGGAUCCGACGGAGCUACUGCGAGAGGUCGACGAGUCCAGAUACAACGAGCUCUUGGAGCAGUGCAAAGCCUGGCGGAACAGAAAGCACGCUGCAGUGCCGCAGAAGAAACAUGCGAAUGGCGAUAUUCCAGAAGAGGACGUGGAGUACGUUGAACCUGCGUUGACGGCGGCGACAGUCCAGAAGGGAGAAGCAAAGUUGAGCCAAAGGGGAACAACUGCACCCGAAACAACUGGCGGACAACUUGACGGGGCCAACGCCAUUCAAGGACGAGUGUUUACAAUGGGCGACUUUGUGGACACGGACGCGAUCAUUCCAGCGCCGUUCUGUUCCAGCCCUACCGACGAGGCUCUGGGCUCGCACUGCUUCGAAUACGUCUGCCCCGACUUCCGCGAUCACGUCCGCCAAGGAUACACCGUCGUCGUGGGCGGAAAGGCGUUCGGAUGCGGAUCUUCCAGAGAGGAAGCUGCCCGGGCCUUGAAGGGUAUCGGCGUCAAGUGCGUCAUCGCGCGGUCCUUCUCCUUCAUCUUCGGACGCAACAUGCCCACCAUCGGCUUGAUCGGCUUCGUCAUCACCGACGACGAGUUCUACCGGCUGGCGGGCCACGGCGCCGAGAUAGAGAUCGACGUGCAAGGGCGGUGCGUCAGGGUGGGCGGCAGAGAGUUCGGGUUCCGGCUCGACGACAUGGAGCUGAAGCUGGUCGAGAACCGAGGCCUCGCCGAAGCGUUCCGUCGGCAUAGGAAAGACGUGUAUGAUGCGCUGUGCUCUGGUAGAGGCACUUCUGCCGAGGUGCCGUCGCCGGCCUCUCUGGCAGACGUUUCGAUGCAGCGUAGGAAGCCGGAGGGGUUGGCCUGGUAG